UCUUUGUGCAUUGUCGUCUGCAUAGCCUGAGGCAGUUGUCAUUACGUUUACUACACUUCUGCACAGUCGCGAGAGAAAAGUAUUUUAGAGUAACCCAUAUAUUUUCCUUUUUUGUUUACCAAGAGAGUUUCGUACAAGACUUAUUUAUAGCCUGGGAUUCUGAAUCCGGCAUUGUGACAUCUUAUUUGUAACUUCAUGUUUUCUUGUUUGAAUAGCUGAAAAGAGAUAUUACCGCCAUGGCCCUCAACUACGAACCUCAUCUUUUGCGACUUUCUGACGAUAUUCUUCUUCACAUCAUGUCAUAUCUAAAGCUAGAAGACAUCCUCACUCUGGCACAGGUGUGUGCUCGUUUGGAGAAAAUCAGUAAAGAUAGAACAUUGUGGAAAGAGGCAGAUCUGCGUCCUAGAUUCCUCACUCAUUCAGAACUGGAAGAUGCAGUCAAGUGCUUUCACCGAGGUACAAAGGUACUAGCAUCAACAGGAUCAGUAAAACUGCUAUCAGGAAAGGUACCAGAAAAUACAGAGUGCCUCUCUCCUGCACUAUUUGAGCUAGUGACUCAAGCUACAGAUCUGGAAACACUGAUACUGGAAGAACACUUUGUUAAUGCUUCUGUGCUAACUUACAAAUGCUUUCCUUCAACACUGAAAAGUCUUUCAAUGGAAAACUGCAAACUUAUUAAUGUUCCUGUUAAAGAGUCCUAUUUCUUCAACAUGGCAACUCAGACACCUCAUCUGGAAAGCCUAAACCUUAAUGGAUGUUUAUGGUUUGAAGAUCAUUCAAUGAUGGCCAUCAGCAAAUGUCCCAAAUUAAAAACCUUACGAUUGAGAGGCUGUGCAAAAGUAGGGACAUGUGCGGCCUAUAUAUUUCUAUCGGCAAGGUUUGGCUUCGAAAAUAUUGAAGUCCUUGAUUUGCGAGAGACUGCUAUAUCUGACGCUGAAGUCCGAGCUUUUAAAUCCAAGCCGAAAUUAAAGCGAUUGUACAUUGACGGAAGAGUGCACAGGAGACAAGAUAGUGAGGAAGCCGAUCGUGUAACAGAUCGAGGACUAAAUACUCCAGAAGAAUUUGUUCCUCACUUGGAGGUGCUGGUGCUGACCAACACCGAAGUUCGUGACGUGACUUUGCGACAUCUUGCUAGGAACAUGCCUAAUCUACGAUUGAUCGAUGUCCGCGGUAGCCGAGUGACAGAACCUGCUGUUAUCCGACUCAAGACCGACUUUCCCCAACUGCGGAUCGUAUGUGACUUUCCAGAAUGGACGGUGGCUAGUUCGCUUGUUCCAUCGGAUUGGUGGAUAGAUUGUGAUUUUGUUUUCCAAGAAGAUAUCAAACGCCCUCCAACAUCGGUACCGACUUUAAGAGAUGGUGCUGCAGAACCUUCUCGCCUCGAACGCAUUGAAAUUAUUGAUGUUGGCCCUGGCAUGGUUCGUUUGCGACGAAUCGUUGAUCGUCCUUUGUUAUUUCCCGCACCUGUUCCUCAGGAAGCGGCUCCUGAACUGAGACAAAGAGAAACUCCUCCACCCGAACUGCCUCGACCUGAAGACCAAGAACUACCUCGAUCACCCGAGUCGUUACGAUCUUCGAGCGCUGGUUCUUCUUCUCCUCCCCAAUUGGACAACGUACGUGAUCCCGCUGACCCCCCUUCGUAACCCUUUGUGAGUUCCUCCCCCCCCCCCCCCCCUUUCUCUGUGUGUGUGUGUUGACUAUUAUCUGAAUCGCAACAAUAAAUUUAACGAUUGAUAGGUUUCAAAA